ACCACAAAAGACGAAGCCGAGCGACGUAUACUAAUGAUUUGACGCAGUUUGUCGGUGUCUGCAUGAUUUAGCGUUACAUUCCGUGGAGUAAUGGUUAACUGUAACGGACUUUGGAUGCUACCGACCUGUACGUCCACGCUGCUGUAUAAGGUCGGUGUUUUGAGUGCAGACAUCAAGUACAACCGAGCGAUCACUUCUCCGCGCUGCUAGCUUAAACUAUUGUAUUUUUUAAAGGGGAGCUCCACUUUUGCUUAGCUUCCUCGAUGAUGUACAUACCUGUCGCAACAUAAAACUUCUGUGUGUUAUAAAUUUAAAAUAUUUAUAGAGAUGGUGAGUGUUGCCGUAAAGACGUUUGUACGUAUGUGUAAUUAUCUCCAAGACCCCUGCCAUGUAGCGAGGUUUCAACAUUUCUGCGGCGUUGAAGGAACAUUUCCGGAUAAACCGACCAAGCCGGACAGUGGACGGCAGGAGCCGAACUGUCCCGGGCUGAGGAAGAGAGUCCAGCAGGAGGGACAGAGUUCAGAUGGUGGUGUGGGGAACGGAGCCGCUGGAGAUGUCACCGCAACGCAUGUUAAAGGGAUGCAAGGCGACGACACCGUCACGUCUGGCGAUCCAUCAGCGGCAGAUCACGACUCCGACAAAACCAGAGCAAAACCCCUCCGGAGAAACUCCCUAACUGGAGAUGUGGGUCAGGAGUUCCUGAUACACAACCAGUUUCUCUUCUAUUUGUUCACGUUUGGCACAGAGCUGGGCAACGAGAUGUUCUUCAUCAUCUUCUUCCCCUUCCUCUUCUGGAACAUCGAUGCUCUGGUCAGCCGGAGGCUCAUCGUGGUCUGGGCCUGGAACCUGUUCGUGGGACAGUCCACGAAGGAUAUGAUUCGCUGGUCCCGACCUGCCUCCCCUCCUGUGGUGAAGGUGGAAGUCUUCUAUAACUCUGAGUACAGCAUGCCCUCCACACACGCCAUGACUGGGACGGCCAUACCUUUCUGUGUCUUCAUGCUGACUUACGGACGGUGGCAGUACCCUUUCCUCUUUGGCUUCUGUGUGGCUCUCAGCUGGAGCGUCCUGGUCUGUGUAAGCCGAGUCUACAUGGGCAUGCAUUCUAUUCUGGAGGUAAUCACUGGUUUCCUGUACAGCCUUCUGGUCCUAGCCUUCUUCCAGCCAAUCUUGGAAAAGAUAGACAACUUCUACAUGAUGGACCACUAUGCUCCUCUUGUGAUUAUCAUGUCACAUGUGAGCCUUGGACUUGUGGCUUUCUCUCUGGAUUCAUGGAGCACCUCUCGGGGUGAUACUGCUCAGGGUCUGGGCACCGGGGUGGGCGCUGCUUUGGCAACCCAUGUGAACUAUCAGCUAGGGUUGAUGCAGGAUCCACCGCUGACUUCACUUCCUCUAACUUUACCACCGCUCAGCACAGGCCUGGUGUUGCGCUCCCUGCUGCGCUUCUUCAUUGGAGUUGCUGCCCUCCUCAUCACGAGAACGGUUAUGAAAGCGGUGACUAUUCCAUUCUUGUGCCAUGUGUUUGGGCUGCCCUCAGAUGAUGUAAGAAAGGCAAGGCAGCACAUGAAAGUAGAGUUGCCAUAUCGUUACAUCGUCUACAGUGUUGUUGGUUUUGUUUGUGUCUGCUUUGUUCCUGUCAUCUUUAGAAUUUUAAACCUUGCCUGAGUUGUGUACAAGCUGUCACGUCCUACUGACAUUGUGAAGGCCAACAGCACUUGGAAACACGCUGUUUUGUUUGUGAUUUUUGUUUGCUGUUUUUAAUGUUUUUUUUUUUUUUAGAAAAAAGCUCUGUUUCUGCAUGAUAGAAGCUGAGUUAAAGGAUAAAGGAUGAUAUUGUACAUUUCCACUGUCAAUAAAUCCCACCAAAAGACUAACCAAAACUUGAACUGAUCUUAACAAUUGUCUCAACCAAAGCUUAUUUAAAUUAUUUAAAAAAAAAAAAUUCAGUGACUAAUGCAGCUGCACUUGGUUAUGCUUUUUAUUGUCUUGACAAGAACCACUAUCAUUUAUUUGGAUUAA